AUUAUAUGGGACGAAUAAAAGAUCAUAGCGGACAUGGGUUAUUAAUAUUCACAGCUCGCGAAUACUUGAAGAGUAGCGGACAGAAGAGAGGAGAAACUUCUACUCUCUUAUUAUCAUCGUCAACUAGCACGCCCUAUUUCUCUCCUUGUGUCUCCUCUAGAGUUCCUUUUGAAGCUAUGAGGAUUAAUUGAUCGCCGUGGUCGGAGAUAUUUCACCAGACAAGGAACAGAAUUUUUAAUUAAGUGGAGGUGCUCGUUUCGCCACAUGAUCCGUGUAUAUUUGAGCUCUGUUUUUUCAAUUAAAUUAGGGUUAGGGUUUUCUUCCCCGUUCCGGAGGCCCUAAAUUCUGUUGUAUUCUGUUGUUAAAGUUAUAUUAUAUAUACUGCAAUUGAAUUUAGGGUUUGCUUUCUUUGAUUUCGGAUUUUUUUCUAAAGGUUUCGGGGUUGCUUGUGCUAUUGUCGCAAUUAUUGUAGCUCCCUUCGUCCAAUACUGUACAAUCAACGAUUAUUUUUUCAUUCCUAGUUUUUUUUUUCCUUUCCUAUUUUAUUUGCUUUUGUUUUAAUAUUUGUCGAAGGUAUCAUUAGUAAAUAUUGUGCGUGAUAUCCCCAUAUUCAAAAACUAAGAAAAAAGAGAAAGGCAAAAAAAAAAAAAAGCAAAGAGAAAGACCAUUUAGAAAAACAACAGAAUAAAAAAAUUGUGAAAAGAAUUGCAAAUGGGGAGCCCAGGAUUAAGCACCCGAAAUAAUGGGCGGCUUGGCAUUACAGAACCCAUUUCCUUGGGUGGACCAACAGAGUAUGAUGAGAUAAAGACUCGUGAACUUGAAAAGUUUCUGCAAGAUGUGGGAUUGUAUGAGAGUCAGGAGGAGGCUGUGAGUAGAGAGGAAGUGCUUGGGAGACUGGACCAGAUAGUGAAAAAUUGGGUCAAAGCAAUUAGCAGAGCAAAAGGGUUGAAUGACCAGCUAGUGCAAGAAGCAAAUGCUAAGAUUUUCACCUUUGGUUCUUAUCGGCUAGGGGUGCAUGGCCCUGGUGCAGAUAUAGACACGCUUUGCGUUGGACCUAGACAUGCAACACGAGAAGAAGAUUUUUUUGGUGAGCUAUAUAGAAUGCUUUCAGAGAUGCCUGAAGUGACAGAGUUGCAUCCUGUGCCUGAUGCACAUGUUCCAGUAAUGAACUUCAAGUUUAAGGGUGUUUCUAUAGAUCUUCUUUAUGCAAAGCUGUCGCUUUGGGUGAUUCCUGAAGAUUUAGAUAUUUCACAGGACUCGAUACUACAAAACGCUGAUGAACAAACUGUCCGCAGUCUUAAUGGUUGCAGAGUUACUGAUCAGAUUUUGCGCUUGGUGCCAAAUAUUAAGAAUUUCCGAACAACAUUGCGAUGCAUGAGGUUUUGGGCAAAAUGUCGCGGCGUUUAUUCAAAUGUUGCAGGGUUUCUUGGUGGUAUAAAUUGGGCAUUACUUGUUGCUCGAAUAUGCCAGUUGUAUCCCAAUGCUUUACCCAAUAUGUUAGUAUCUAGGUUCUUCAGGGUAUAUACUCAGUGGCGCUGGCCAAAUCCAGUCAUGCUCUGUGCCAUUGAAGAAAGAUCUCUUGGCCUCCAGGUUUGGGAUCCUAGAAGAAAUCCAAAGGACAGGUUUCAUUUGAUGCCUAUUAUUACUCCAGCAUAUCCUUGCAUGAAUUCUAGCUACAAUGUGUCAUCAAGCACUUUGCGGAUAAUGACAGAAGAGUUUGAAAGGGGGAAUGAGAUUUGCGAGGCUAUGGAAGCAAACAAGGCUGAUUGGGAGACCCUUUUUGAGCCUUUUUCCUUCUUUGAAGCUUAUAAGAAUUAUCUACAAAUAGACAUUAAUGCAGAAAAUGAGGAUGAUUUAAGAAACUGGAAAGGUUGGGUUGAAUCCCGUCUCCGUCAGCUUACACUGAAGAUUGAGAGGCACACCUACAAUAUGCUUCAGUGCCAUCCACAUCCAGGAGAAUUUACAGACAGAUCUAGACCUCUACAUUGUUCUUACUUUAUGGGUUUGCAACGGAAACAAGGGGUUCCUGUAAAUGAAGGGGAGCACUUUGAUAUAAGGUUAACUGUUGAGGAAUUUAAACACACUGUCAAUAUGUAUUCUUUAUGGAAGGUUGGAAUGGAGAUCCAUGUAACUCAUGUAAAACGGAGGAACAUACCUAGCUUUGUUUUUCCUGGUGGCAUUCGUCCAUCUCGUCCAUCAAAAGCAACUUGGGAUAGCAGGCGAAGUUCAGGUGAAAAGUCAUCUGAAAGUAAAGGAGUUUCAGAUGGGUUGGAUGAUGGGAGGAAGAGAAAGAGAAUUGAUGAUAAUGUAGCAAAUACCAUUAAAAGAUCCAGCUCUGCUGGCUCUUCUUUGAAUGGGGAAGUUAACGAGGGAAGCCCUUCUGUUGGAAAUGUCUCAGUAGGAGGUGGCCUUGCAAGUGCAAAUGUGAUAGGGGAGCCAAGGGAAGUAAAAACUGAGAGUAAAAUAACAGACAUCAUAGAUAAUUCAAAAAGCUUAUCAGGGAAUCUUGCUCAAAAUGGAGAGCUUAAUCCACAAAGUAAAGAUUUUUCUGCCACCAAUGAUGCUCCUUUCUCUAAGGAGGCUGAGAAUAUGGCAAUUGAGAAAAUAAUGUCUGGUCCUUAUGUUACAAACGACACCUUACCGCAAGAACUUGAUGAGCUUGAUGAUUUUGAAUAUAGAAAUCAGGUAAAAGAUUCUGGGGGUAAUAAAAAAGACAGCUUAAUGGAAUCUACAUCAGCAAAUAUGGCAGCAGCAUCAUUGGCAAAUGUAGCUGCAUCACCAUCACAGAUGUCCAGCAAUGGAGCUGAUUCAUCUACUACUUUAUGUCCAAGUGGAGGCUUGGAGGAGCUUGAGCCUGAUGAACUGAUGGCACCAUUUUCUGGUGGGUUAUCUUAUGCUGCACCUGUUGCACACCCGAAGCCGCUUAUCAGGUUGAACUUCACUUCUUUAAGUAAAGCCAGUGGCAAAAGCACCUAGCUUGAGGGAUAACCAUCAAGCUGGAGCCCAUGCCUGUCUCUUUUUUCUCUCUUUUGGGUACAACGUUUGUUGUGUAAGAACAGUAUUAAAAAGGAGGGAAAAAAAACCUACGUUUGUAACAUUGACAUCCUAUAGUUAAUAAAUCUUAAAUUUUCGAAUC